AUGAGUCCUAAAAUCAAAUACAUCAACGGGAGGCUAGGCGAACUUGCCACUGAGUGGAAAAGCUUUGAUCUAAGACAGUAUAGCGACAACCGACAUGUUUUUCGCAGAGAGACUAUCUCUUUUGUGCAUUCUUCUGAUGUUAUUGGUAGAGAUGAGGAUAAAGAGAACAUAAUUAGUAUGUUGAUGAAACAAAGUGAGGAUCAAAAUGUCCCUGUCAUUCCCAUUGUUGGACUUGGGGGUUUAGGAAAAACCACGCUCGCUCAAUUAGCAUUCAAUGAUGAUCGAGUUACUAGCCUUUUUCCUUUGAAGAUAUGGAUCUGUGUUUCUGAGGAAUUUGAUCUUUCUAGAUUGCUCAAGCUGAUUAUUCACUCGUUUGAGAACCUUUUGAAUGAUAAGAAGUUCUUGCUCGUCCUGGAUGAUGUGUGGAAUGAAAAUAAAGCAAAAUGGGUUGAGUUAAGAAAUUUGUUGAGAUCGACGGAUGGAUUUUCUCCAAACAAAAUUAUUGUCACCACUCGGAGUUUGAACGUGGCCUCGAUAAUGAGUUCAAUUCCCCCUUAUAUAUUGAAAGGUCUCCCCCUUGAAGACUGUUUGACCUUAUUUACAAAAUGGGCUUUUAAUGAUGGUGAUGAGAGACAUUAUCCAAAUCUCAUUAGAAUCGGGGAGGAGAUUGUGAAAAAAUGCAAAGGGGUUCCUUUGGCAGUAAGAACAUUGGGAAGCCUACUAUUUCAGAAAACGGAUGAAUCUGAUUGGAUCUAUAUACGAGAGAGUGAAAUAUGGAGACUUGAGCAACAUGAAAACGAUAUUUUACCAGUGUUGAAGUUGAGUUACAAUCAUUUGCCAUCUCAUUUGCAACGAUGUCUUGCUUUUUUGUCCUUGUACAAAAAGGAUGAGAUCUAUUAUAGUGAUAGAGUUAUCUGUCUUUGGAUGGCAAAUGGACUCCUUGAGCAUCCAAAGCAAAAUCAAGAGUGGGAGGAUGUUGGCAAACGAUAUUUGAAUAAAUUACUAUCAAGGUGCCUCAUCCAAAAGGAGGAGGAUUUUCACUUGAAGUUUACCUUCAAAAUGCAUGAUCUGGUACAUGAUCUUGCAUUAGCUGUGUCUCGAAGAGAGUGUAAAAUAAUGAAUUCCAAAACAAAAACGGUUGAUGAAAAUGUUCGACAUCUGUUUUUAUGUGAUGAGAAGUUGGUUGAAGUUCCGCGUGUUUUGGAGAAAUUGGAAAAAGUUCAAACAGUAAUCGUCCAAGAUAGUUCACUAAGAUCAAAGAUUUUUGAUAAAUCUCUUAUAAAUCUUUGUGUCUCCAAUUUCAAGUAUCUACGAGCAUUAGAAUUAAGAGAUUCACUACUGACAGCUUUACCGAAUUCCAUUGGUAACUUGAAGCACUUACGAGAGCUUGACUUGGCCCGAUCUGAGGAUAUACGUGAACUUCCAAGGUCUUUUUAUAAGCUUUACUGCUUGCAAUCGUUAAAUUUGGGAGCUACUAGUUUGAAGCAGUUGCCCGACAGCGUGCAAAGGUUGAUUGAGCUUAGACAUCUUGUAAUAACCAUUGAAGCUAAGCAUUUGAAAGAAAUACGAGCAGGAUGUUGGACUUCUCUUCAAUACUUGGAAUGUAUAACUGUUUCGAAUUAGAAUGUUUACCUGAAGGAAUGCAGUAUCUGAAGUCACUUCGAACACUU